AUGGAUACUAAAGGCAGUCAAAAUGUAUCAGGCACCAAUUUACCAAACAUUCCAAUGUCUGAAGAUGGAGUAGUAUACAUUGCUGUUAAAGGUUCCAUUCAUGCAAAUGAUUGCUCUGUGUUUGGUUUAGGUUCAGAAGAAAUUAAGGCUUUGACAAAAAAAUAUCCAGGUUCUGGUAAUGUUGUGAAUGGUGUUGCUAUGAAAACCAAUGUUCUGGAAUUGAUUAAUUCACUCAGCCAGCUGGGAUAUAAAGUGGUGACAAGUACUGGUGAGGCAGAAAUCAUCUGGACUCUUCAGAGAGAUAUAUAA